UAUCGUUAGACCUCAGAAAGACACAAGUACUUGGAAGUCUCUCCGAUAUCGCACCAUAUUGCGACCAUCUUAAGGAGCUUGUAUUUACGUGGAACGAGGAAGAUUUCCAAUAUGCGCCUCUGGUAAAAUUGCCCAAAUUAGAUACAUUGACUAUCGGCGGAGUUCAACUAAGCAGUUCGCGAUCUGAAAUUUUUAAAGCUGUUAGAAAAUGGCAUAGACCUAAAACAAUGAAUCCCUUGACUGUGUUAUUGGCUGAUCGAUCAAUAGUAGGUCGAUCUAUUUUGCUUGCGACCCAUAAAUCUUUAGAAUAUUUGCAUAUAUACCAAAAAAAUACGGCUGUAUUCUUUAAAUCUGAGUACAUUUUAGGCGAAACUUCUGAAGAAACGGAUUCAUUAGAGAAACGUCUUAUAACUAUAGACGUAGAGGAAAAUGUCAAUAUAAAGUUUGACAAAAACAGAGGAGAACUGAAGUUAUGCAUGCCAAAAGAAUCGGACGCGAGCAAAUUAGUUUCACUAUUGAAACUUUCCAAUCUUAAUCGCUUUUUCUUAACUAUUGGAAAAUACAACAAGUGGGGAUUGCUGGAAACAAAUUGUACUGAUACUGACCAAACAUCGGUUGGAAAUGUAAUUAGACCGAUGUUGUCCUUUUCUUGGACCUAUUUCAUAGUAAAAUACAAACCAUUGUAUCGAUCUGAAGCAAAGGACCUUGGGACUGUAAAAUCAAUCUGUUACCUGUAUUGCAAUUUAUACGAUUGUGAGUCGAUGGAACUUUUAAAUCAGCUAACUAACUUGCAAUUUGUGAGCAUCGCAGUUCCAUCACAAUGCAGAACUCCUGCAACUGGCAUUUUCAGCCUGUUAGCCACAUGCAAAGUGAAUGCUGAUGUCGUGUGCAAAGAUUUUAACAUUCAAUUUCGGAAGAAUGAACAAAGUCUUAAAAUUCAUAUGGAAAUGGAGAGUAGGGCUGAUGUGCUUGUUCCCCUUGCUCAACUAAGUCACAUUAAAUAUCUCCAAGUAUCAGGAAUUACUCAAUCAGGAUCCUUAAAUGCACUAUUUGAAGCUUUUGCCAGCAGUAACUUAAAUGCAAUUGAAGAAUUGGAUAUUCAAUCGAGUGCAGUUCAUUUUAAAUAUAUAUCCAAAUUGGCAGAAAUUCAAACCAUCAAAAAACUAAAGCUCUCACUAAUAGAUUUCACUGGCAUUGAGAUAUUGGCCUCCUUGAAUAAUCUGGAGGAGUUGACAAUAAGCUCCGAAGGAGCAGGAAAUCUUUGUCACGCUUUUGCAGAACUGGCUUCGAAAAAUAAAACUCAGUUCUUAAAAAUACUAAAUAAACCCCUUUCACCUGAAGAGGUUAUAAAAGUUUCCAAAAUAAGUUCACUGAAAACCCUGAAGUGCAGUUUCUUGAAAACAGAAGACCCAGUAUCCUUGACUGAACUGGCUAAUUCUCGAAUUGAAAACUUAACAGUUCACGUAUUCGAUCCGAACUAUUUCGUCCAGAAGCUGUUUUCUGAAUUUUCAUUAAACACUAGACUUCCACUGCAGUCCCUACAGAAUCUUUUUUCUGCUUUUUCAUUAAGUAGUACAGCCAGACUUCAGACUCUAAAUGUAACGGGUAAAGCUCUUAGCAAAAUGGAAGUGAUGGAAAUUUCGAAAAUAAAGGAUCUGAGAAGUUUGAGUGCCGGAUUCCUUCAUUCAAAAUGUUUGAAAUGGCUAAAACGGCUACCUCGCCUAGAGCAUCUUGUUGUUGAUUACUUCCAACAAAGAAAAAAAAAUUCGUUAAAGUUCUUACCACCUACCCUUCAGAAAUUAGAAUUAAAUUACAGCAUUGGCCCCAGCGCAUGUAAAUAUUUGGCUAAGCUGGAAUCGUUGGAGUCCCUAAAAUGCUCACUGCUUGAUUGUCCGGGUAUACAAUUAUUGGCAGAUAUAAAAAUUCUCAAGGAAUUGGUUAUCCAUAGCGCCAAUGGAUUGCUCAAUGAAUUGUUUACGGCAUUUGCCAACAAAAGUGGAUCAAUGUUACAAGAGCUGCAAACACCAAAUUUAAAAGAAAAAGUAGAGUUCUGUGAGAUAUCCCGUAUUGAAACAUUAAAAUCAUUAAAUAUUUCCUACAACACAUGCUUCCAUGAAUUAGAAGUCCUAAGCCACCUAAAAGAGCUUAAGUCCUUGCGUAUAGCUGAUAAUUUCUCAAGAGAAUCAACAUACAACAAAAAGUAUUUACCGAUUUUCCAAUCUUGUCAAAAGCUUGAUUGCGUGACAAUUGAAAUUCGUAACGGUGUGGCUAAAGACUUGGUGAAAGAAAUUUACUUUGUUUUAAAGUCAGUAAGGGAUCCCAUAACCCAGAGACCUUUGGAACUUCAUAUAUUUGAGGACACAUGUUUCCCCAGUUUUUAUGUGGAAGGCAUAGAUGAGGCUUACCUUAAGGUUUUCCAUACCUACAACCAGCGAACAACGGAUACCGCUUUCCAACAAUCGCAAGAUAUAAGGGCCGCACAGCUUGCUAGAUUUCAAAACCUAUUAGGAUCUUAAAGUCAAUCUAAGUUUAAAAUCCAUCGAAAAAAGCUGCUAGCUGUUAUUAUCGGCCAUAGAAAAGCUUUCCGAUGUACAUCCUCUCGAUGUAGAGCUAGAUAAACAUUAGGCACUAACAUACUAUAUUAUGCCGGCUACCAACAAAUUGGACAUUGUCUUGGAGGUCUAAUUUUAAAUGGGCGCGCGCCAUGUGACAGAGAUGUGGACGUAAAGAGAGAU